CCGAGCCCUCUGCCGACUGGCAGGAGGGAAAGUUCGGCAGAGGCGGGAGCAGCGCAGCUGAGGGACCCCGCCCGGCUGUCAGCAGGGCUGCCUGUGGUCUGAGCAACCAGGAACAAACGAGAAGCCUCCGCCAACACUACCAGGAAUUAAAUAAAUAACACGUUAGCAUAAGCGGUGGCGCUGAGCGGUGCUAAGCAGAAGGGGGCGGUACUUUCUCCCUGGACCCUGACUGGAAGCCCAGUGCGACUCCAGGGCAGUCACCAACAGAAGCAGAUGUGCGAGCCCAGAAGCUGUGUGUCUUUCUUUCUGCCGAGACUUGUUUCCAUUACAAGGAGAGAAGCCAGGAUCGUUUUUUAGCCACUGAAGGACUUAUGAAGCCCUCAUUCAUGCAGGAGCCCCUCGUCUUCGGCACAGCAGGAAGGCUAUGAUGGGAGCAAAUGAAAGAACGUGGAGGUUCCACUUAAUUGAUUGUUUCUGCCUAGAAGAUCUUCUUUUGGAAGCAGGAGAGCAGUCUUACGUAAUGGUUGACUUCCAAAGGCAGGCCACCUUCUAGAAGGAAAUGGAUGAAAUUGGUGCAGGGGACUUCAGACGCACUGCGGUCUAACCAGGAAAGCCCUUGUGUGGGGCCUUCCCGGCACCCUGGGAUGCUGCACACGCUGGACGCAUGGCCUGCACCUGAAUGAGGAUGGUCCGUCGUGGGCUGCUGGGGUGGAUUUCUCGGGUAGUGAUUCUGCUGGUUCUGCUCUGCUGUGCCAUCUCUGUCCUCUACAUGUUAGCCUGCACCCCAAAAGGCGACCAGGAGCAGCUGGGACUGCCACGGGCCAAUGGCCCUACGGGCAAAGAUGGCUACCAAGCUGUGCUGCAAGAGCGUGAGGAACAGCAUCGCAACUACGUGAACAGCCUUAAGCGACAGAUCGCACAGCUCAAGGAUGAACUGCAGGCGCGCAGUGAGCAGCUCCGCAGCGGGCAGGACAGGGCCAGUGAUGCCACCGGCCUGCGCUCAGGCUGGGACCCUGCACCCAAAGCCCAGGCCGAUCUGCUGGCCUUCCUGCGCGGGCAGGUGGACAAGGCUGAGGUCCAUGCAGGUGUCAAGCUGGCCACCGAGUAUGCUGCCGUGCCUUUUGAUAGCUUCACCCUGCAGAAAGUGUACCAGCUGGAGACUGGCCUGACCCGCCACCCUGAGGAGAAGCCGGUGAGGAAGGACAAGCGCGAUGAGUUGGUGGAAGCAGUCGAAUCGGCCCUGGAGAGUCUGAACAGUCCCGUGGAGAGCAGCCCACACCAGCGUCCUUACACGGCUGCGGACUUCAUAGAAGGGAUAUACCGAACAGAAAGGGAUAAAGGCACUUUGUAUGAGCUCACCUUCAAAGGGGACCACACCCAUGAAUUCCAGCGCCUUGUCCUGUUUCGGCCCUUUGGCCCCAUCAUGAAAGUGAAAAAGGAGAAGCUCAACAUGGCCAACACGCUUAUCAACGUUAUCGUGCCCCUAGCGAGGAGGGUGGACAAGUUCCGGCACUUCAUGCAGAACUUCAGGGAGAUGUGUAUCCUAGCAGAUGGGAGAGUUCAUCUCACCGUUGUUUACUUUGGAAAAGAAGAAAUGAAUGAAGUCAAAGGAAUACUUGAAAACACUUCCAAAGCUGCCAACUUCAGAAACUUCACCUUUAUCCAGCUGAAUGGAGAAUUUUCCCGGGGGAAGGGACUGGAUGUCGGAGCCCGCUUCUGGAAGGGAAGCAACGUCCUGCUGUUUUUCUGUGACGUGGACAUCUAUUUCACCUCUGAGUUCCUCAACACGUGCAGGCUGAACACACAGCCAGGGAAGAAGGUAUUUUAUCCGGUUCUUUUCAGUCAGUAUAACCCUGGUGUAAUCUAUGGCCAUCAUGAUGCAGUCCCGCCCCUCGACCAGCAGCUGGUCAUCAAGAAGGAAACCGGGUUUUGGAGGGACUUCGGGUUUGGGAUGACUUGUCAGUACCGCUCAGACUUCAUCAACAUAGGUGGGUUUGACCUGGACAUCAAAGGCUGGGGUGGUGAAGAUGUGCACCUGUACCGGAAGUAUCUCCACAGCAACCUCAUCGUGGUACGCACACCUGUACGGGGACUAUUCCACCUUUGGCAUGAGAAGCGCUGUAUGGAUGAACUGACCCCCGAGCAGUACAAGAUGUGCAUGCAGUCCAAGGCCAUGAAUGAGGCAUCCCACGGGCAGCUGGGGAUGCUUGUCUUCCGGCACGAAAUAGAGGCUCACCUUCGCAAACAGAAGCUGAAAGCGGGCAGCAAAAAGACAUGAUCUCCCAUGCACAGAUUAGUGGAGACAUUUAAGUUGUUUGCCUUUGGCGGUUGCUGAAAAACUGGAUGCAAUAAGGUAUAGACUUCCACACAGGGCGACAAGGAAUCUGGCUGAUGACUUAGAGAUGAAAGGAGCGCGUAUCUGGUUUCUGUGGGCUCGGAGUAUGGUGACAGUGACUGUGUUUACAGCAGAAUGAUCUCUCUGUCCCUGCACACUGAAAUAUUCACAACCUCAGACAAGGUUUGAAAAAGUUUACCAGAAGAGAUGCAAGCAUACUGGCUCCUCUUCUUAGGAAUGGUUAAUUCAGAGGGCUUUGGUGUCCAGGACUAACAACAUCUCAGAAGGUGCAGAGGACCUGCAGGCAUGGAGAUCGAGCAUGAGCACCCUCCAGGGGACAGGGAGCAAAAUCAAAGGGACCUGGGAACAAAUUGUCAAUACUGUCAUCCCUUCAAUAUUAGCCAAAAAACCUCUCUUUUCAGUCAUCAUUUAGUUACUAUUCUAAAAAUGCACUUUUCCUUGUAUUAUUCUUAUUUAAUUACCUAUUUGCAAGACUUAGUAGGAGCACAUUGUAGUAUAUACACUUUUAUGAUUUUUAAGAUUUGUUUUUAUUUUUUUGGUUG